AUGACGAGGGAGCGGGCCUACUUCGAGGCGUCGGCGCUGCGGGAGCACGGCCGCCUCUGCCCGGACCACGUCCCGGAGGUCUACCACUUCGACCGCGCCAUGUCGCUCAUCGGCAUGCGCUACAUCAGGCCGCCCCACAUCAUCCUCCGCAAGGGCCUCAUCGCCGGCGUCCAGUACCCGCUCCUCGCCGACCACAUGGCCGACUACAUGGCCAAGACCCUCUUCUUCACCUCCCUCCUCUACAACUCCACCACCGACCACAAGAAGCAAGUUGCUCGCUACUGUGAGAACGUGGAGAUGUGCAGGCUCACGGAGCAGGUCGUCUUCUCGGACCCAUACAUGGUCUCCAAAUACAAUCGCUGGAACUCGCCUCUUCUAGACAAAGACGCCGAAGCGGUUCGGGAGGAUGAUGGGCUGAAAUUGGAGAUUGGUGAACUGAAGUCCAUGUUUAUUGAGAGAGCCCAGGCUCUGAUUCAUGGUGAUCUCCAUACUGGUUCCAUCAUGGUGACCCCAGAUUCCACUCAAGUGAUUGAUCCGGAGUUUGCCUUCUACGCGCCGAUGGGUUACGACAUUGGGGCCUUCUUGGGGAACCUGAUUCUGGCCUACUUCGCACAGGAUGGGCAUGCUGAUGAAGCAAAUGACCGUAAGGCUUAUAAGCAAUGGAUAUUGAAGACGAUCGAAGAAUCAUGGAAUUUGUUCCAGCAGAAAUUUCUGGGACUUUGGAAUAAACACAAAGAUGGGAAUGGGGAGGCAUACCUGCCUGCCAUAUACAACAACCCGGAGCUUUUGAGCGUUGUACAGAAGAAGUACAUGACAGGUUUACUUCAUGACAGUCUUGGAUUUGGUUCGGCCAAAAUGAUCAGAGAAUUGUUGGAAUUGCCCAUGUGGAGGAUUUUGACUCAAUCGAGGAUGCCAGCAAGAGAGCAUCAUGUGAGUGCCGCGCGCUUGAUUGUGGCAAGGCAAUCCUGA